CAAAAAUAUGGCGGUGAAAUGAGCGAUGAGCGAGCGAGUUUUGAAAAUAUCUUUUUGAAUUAUAUUGGUGUUUUUCCGUCACUAUGAGUGAGUUCCAGGUUCAUUAUCGCGUCUCAGAACUUCUUAAGCUUCUUGGGUAUGUAUUGAACAAAAGGAAAGUACAAACUACGAAUAUUAGCGUUCUAGUAUGUUGUACUAUUAAAAUUUUGAAACUCAUUUUAAAACUAAGUGAGACUAUGAAAAGCCAAGAUUAGACUUGUUUUGAGUUUACAUGAUUAUAAUAUUUGGAAAAAAAUUUUAUGUUGUUGCAUAUUCGUGUUAAUCAUGUAGAAUACAUCCUUCUGGAAAGUAUGUCAUUUUGGCCAUGGAGCCUCAUUUCCAUGUAUUGGGUCACAUUGUUAAAGCCUAAUGUCUUAAUCACGAAAACGAGGCUCUUUAGCCAAAAUGACAGUUUCUGGAAAGUUCAAUGAGUCAUGAAAGUGUUUUCUAACUUCCAAUUUGUAAAAUGUUUACAGUUUACCAUACCCUUGACAUGAGUCCAACUGGUCAUUGUGCAAAAAUGAUGGUAAUUAAGGCUAACUGCAGGGGUGCCGGAGCCACAGGGGCAACAGGGGAACUGCCCCUGUUGCCCAAACAGUGCUGGGGCAGCACGGGGGCAACAGGUUGCCCUUUUUACCAGAACUGCACUUCGAAAUUUGUGCAUUAUUCACAGGAAUUGGAAUUUAUAACUAUUUUUAAGCAAUAUUUAAGCAAUCUUUGCUUAAUUUUUAACCAGUUGUAGUAAAAUUAAUGCCAAAUCAGGCAAUCUACAUCCGUUUGCUGAUUUUAUUUUGUGCCCUUAGUAUGGUGCAACAAAUAAAAUUGUUCAAAAUUAAUGUCUAAGUUUGCACACGCAUAAUAGCCACAAAUAAUCGAGUAUCCAUACAGUAAAUUUUUAACAAAUAUUGCUACCCAGAAAAAUGAUGAAGCAAGUGCCCUUUUGAAAAGGCUGCCCCCGCCACUUCACAUUGCUUCCAGCGCCCCUGGCUAACCGUACUCCAAUGAUCAUUGAAAUAUAAAGGUCUUAAAAAAACACCAUAAAAAAUAUAAUGUUGAUCAAAUACUGGGCUUACUUGGGUGGGGUAAACUGUAAAGUAUAAAGACGGGAGUCAGGGAUAUGAGUUUAUUAAAUAAUUGGGACGAAAACAGACUUUAGUCAAAAAAAUUCAAAACAAGUCCACAAAGUUGGACGAAAUUUGUUUGUUGAUGGUCCCUAAUCAUAGUGCCAAUUGAAACCAUAAAAAAUGUAUGCAUAAUUAAUUAUAUAAUGAAGGAUUUUAAUAAGAAAUCAUUUGUUUCAUUUUUGAAGUGUGACAGGUGGAGAUGGACCAGAAGUAUAUACAGAAGUUUUGACCAAAAACAUGACACCUUACGUCACAACACAGGUGAAUUUUCAACUAUGGCAAAACAUUUACAAUGUUAACACAAUGUUUUAAUGCAUAUGUUUAUGUCAUUGCUCAAAUUUUAUUAUAUAAUAAUUCUAAUUCUGUUCUAGGUCUCUGCUCAUACUGCCAAGAAAAAGAUAGCAGAAACAAGCCCAUAUCCCAGAGAGUUUCUGCAAAAAUAUGAUUUAAUCAAAUCAAAGAAGUAAUAUAAUAAUUGUGUAUUUGCUUAAUAAACAUUAAGUGCCAGCACUCUUCCCUUGACAAGUGAAAAUGUGAAAUCAUCUGGUGUUCUGUGAUUGCUUCCCCACAUUGGCAGACUGUUGGUUAACUCAUUAAAGUGAUUCUCCCCUUGGCAAGUGAAAUAAUCUGGUGUUAGACAGAGUAAAAUAAUAAAGUUUGGUUCAUUUGGGUGCUCAGUACUGCAUUGCAGUUCAAUGGGUUAAGGAAUUGGUGUUUAGUACUGUAGAUGACAAUUCCUGUACAUUAUUUGAUCCAAUUUUAAAUCCUCAUUUAGCAUUAGAGAAUUAGAUCCCUUGGUGUUUUUGCUAUCAAGAAUUUCCGAAGAUCCAAAUGUUAGUAUUAUGGCAACAAUUUUAAUAAUUAACUAGUGUAAAUAUAUUGAUCAUUACCAAGAAUUACUAUAUAGUUUCUCAAUCACAAAAACGAGACUGUGUAUAGCAAAGGUGACGUACCUUCCGGAAGCAAGGUAUCAAUGCAACAUUUCCAAACUAUGUGUUGGAAUACACAAGAGUGUACUUACCAUUACUUUUUGUAACUCUUUGCCAGAUGGUUGCAUGUUUGGAGCGCAAUGCAAAUGAACGUGGUCACAAGAGAUUUCAAGCAAGCAAGCCAGCAUCGUCCAGCAAUAUGGCUGAAACUUUGCAAAAUCUUGAGCAAUAUUCAGGACAAAUGACUGCCAAAGAAUUGGACGAAGUAAUUGAAAUGUUUUUCUUUAAAUUGGAAAAUAUGCAAUCUUAGACUUAGUAUAGAUUGGGAGCAUUUCUUCAGGAAUAUUUCAUUUUCAAAUUACAGUGACUGUAUUACCAUUGUUGUCAGUAGUCGUCAUGAACAAAGCCAAAGGAUUCUGGCGUGAAACAAAGGCUUUUUCAGGAGAAUUAAGCCCCGUUUACACUACGCUCAAUUUUUGGUACGGCACGGAUAAAAUUGGUACCCGCACCACUUUUUUGGUUCUUGGACUACGUAUAUUUUGAGCCCCGUUUACUCUACGCUCGAUUUUUGGUACCCGUACCACUUUUUUGGUUCUUGGACUACCUAUUUAGGUAGUCCAAGAACCAAAAAAGUGGUACGGGUACCAAUUUUAUCCGUGCCGUACCAAAAAUUGAGCGUAGUGUAAACGGGGCUUUCAUCGUAAAAGUCGUUAACGGUGUUAAUAUGUUGCGCAGAUAAGUCAGCACCCUCUUAGCAAGAUAAUUCUAGCCAAGGUAAUUCAGAUCUGGCACUUCACCUCAUUUCUAAAUUUUCACCUACGUCUAUAUGCAUAGCGAUCUUUAAGUUUUCUUAGUAACCAACUCGAAAAUUGGUUAACUCAUUUUGCAGUGCUGCAAAUAAAUAUUUGACUUGACAGGACAUUUGUCCGAUCACUUUUAAUUUUGGUCGGACAUAACUUGAAUUUGGUCGGACAAAAACCAACAUCGCUUCAUUUGAUCGGACAUAUAUACGUCACAAGAUAUAAUAUAAGUCACGAGACAAGUAUGUAUAGCCGUUCUGGCGCAACGUUAAGUAAAAUGCUAGAAUGUCUGGUAAAUUUUAUUGCAAAAUGCAAAUUGAGUGAAUUUGCAAUCGGAUUUUAAUUGUCACAGCAAAAAAAUGUAUAAUGUGACAAUUUUUUUUGUGAUUGGACCAAUGUGCGAUCAAAAUUACUUUUGCUCGGACAUUUGCCAAAUUUAGUCGGACAUUGUCCGAUGUCCGACAGUAAUUUGCAACCCUGUUUUGGCAACAUUUUCGCUCGUGUAAGGAAGCAAAAAACUUUAAAAAUCUUGUGUUUUGUGAUAUGUAUUGAAGAUUACCACAAACUGACAGAAACACAGUUUUUACUCCAGUCCCCCAUCAGCAAUCUGACAUCCGUGUUGACGAAAACGUCACUUGCUUAAGCUCCCCGAUAAUAAAAUAGUCAAUCCUAAAUUUUGCACUUAAAGCAUGCAGCCUUUAUAGAAAUCACCACACGUUAAAAGAUAAAGAGUGAAUGAGGAAAUUGUCCAGUUGUACAUUCAAAAAUAUUCGUACAGUGAAUAACAUCUUUCUUACUUCUAGUUCCGUACACAGUUGGCUUCCAUCACCGGACCAUCAGCUUCUCCUGCAGCUGAGGCCACGUUAAAAAAUCUUAGAGAAAAACAGGCGAGAAAGGGUGAGCAUCUUCUAUAUAUACAGUCACGUAUAAUGCGCUCAGCUUCACGCGUGUGAACUGUCUAUCUUUCGAUUACCUUUCCUAUACAGCGCUUUGAUACAGACGCUUUUUUCAUUUUAUUUAUAAAAUGGCUAACUUAAACUUUUUCUACAGCUCUAGCUGGUCUUCCAAAUUUACCAGACUGGUUGGCAAGUCGUCCAUACCUCACUGGAGAUUUCGUGAAAUCUUUGGACCUACCACCACCAGUAUGCAAAUUUAACCUUGAAUGUUACGUAAUUAGCCUUUCUCACGGCCGAUUUCCCCGCCAUUUUGGGGGACCACGAAAUACAACUUUAGUUUUGUAGUUGUUUGUAUAAUGGUAAAUUUACAGAAACAGUUACAAAUUUCAAAAGUCACUUUUCACGUUGUUUGAAUUGUCUAGAAUCUUUUACGAGGGCAGACAGUACCCCCAAAAUGGCGUAUUUUGGCCUUCGCCGUGAGACGGGCUAAUUGGCUCUUUGGAUAACAUCAGAAAUAUAUCAAAACCAUGAGUGACUGGAUUGCAAGGAGAACAAUGGAGUGCAAGGGGCCAUCGUGGACUGAUGUUUGAAUUUUGCGUUGUGAUAUCCGUUGAGCAAGCAGUUUAUAUAAUAUUUUUUAUUCAACUAUAGGCUGUUUCAUUGAGUACUCUUCCUCUAAAAAUGCAAGAAAUUGCCGUUAUCGAAGAUCUUCUCUUCAUGAUGACUGUAAGUUUUCCUUUCUAAACGGUUGAUGUCAAUUUUACAUUAUUUAGGAUUUUAUAUCUGAACCGUUCUCGCUCUCACCUCCAUUCUCUAAUACGAUAUGGGCUACUCUGUCUGAGUACAGGUUUGGGUUAAAAUCCCCGGCAUGAACUUUAAGCACUUUUCUGUUUCCAGGGUGUUGAGGGAAAGUAUAUUCGACUAAGCAGCAGUUCCAUAGAAGGUUUAGAUUCUCCUGAGUUUCAUGUGGACCCAACGUUAGGUAUGUGGCUGACUGAUACAGCAAACUAGUGACUGAGAACGAGAACUAACUGUAUAGAUCGAAAACUUGAGCAGUCGACGUUCUUCACUUAGACGCCAGGCGUACAUAAUUCAGCCAUUAAGUAUGACGACAACCUAAUUGUUUGUGAAGACCAUUGGAAGAUGCGAGUUUGAAUCUUGUUUGAGACAACGGAAUUUCGUAAUUCCCGUUCUUGAUUUCAAGCCAAAAUAUUCGAUGUAAUAUUUCAAAUCCGACUAUGAGGACUGGACUAGAUUUCAAGUCCGCGCAAUUUGAUCAAGUCCGAGGCGAAGCCGAGUACGAAUAAAUCACUACUUAAUUAUCUCUUACGAAUAAAUCACUUCUUAAUUAAUUUUGAUAAUAAAGCAAUAUGGUUGGCUAAUUUACUCAUGAAUUAUUAGUAAUGAGUUUGAGAUUCUAUAAUCAACGGAUAGUUCAAUAGAUGAAUUAGUAUGUACGUGUGACGUCUGUAUUGAAGUAAACAUUGUCUUGUUUAAGCUCUCUACUUUUUUUUCAGAUACGUCUCUUCAGGAGCUUGUACAGCGGAUUCUUCCAAUAUGCACACAUUAUUCUCUUUUAUGUCGUUUUAUUGAAGGUAUGUCAUGUUUCUUUCAGCAGUGACCUCGACAACUUUUCCGAUACUGAUAGGCAACUGUAAUAUUGAAUGUACAGUAAUGCUUCUUUCACGUAGAUAAAUCAGGUUUUUUGUCUGGUUUGGUAAAUCACGCAGUCAGUGCAGCUAUGAGAACGAUUAUGAAGGUAUUUGCUGCUGAAGUGUGGAUUCUGCAUUUUUGUACUUCGCGCAAAACCGACAUGAGUGCAGGAAUUAACUAUAGAAUUGCUAAGAGCAAAUAACCAAAUUAUAAUCCUUGUUUUUGUUAAGGAAUAUUUUAUUUUUGUUGCUCAAUUGGAACAUCAAUUUCAACAGGUAAGAUUUUCUCAAUUCCUUCCAAGACACUGGAGUGUCUUCUUUACCGCAUUUCCCAAAGUUUGUUGAACGUUCCCUCCAUUUCCAUUCAUGUCUAUUCUUUGCAUGCAAUAUCUUUUGUCAAAUUUCGUUCCGGCAAGUCUGUAUUGAUCAAUGCUGUAUUUUUAUUUUUAUUGGUCUUCUUGUAAUCUCGUUUACCAGUUGCCAGUCUGUACAUGUCUGUGGCCGCUCUCUUUGUCCACUUUCAGCAACUUACUGAUAUCAUCAUUUGUUUUCCUGCCUCUGCGGUAUUCCGUAGUUUCCAAUUUCUGUUAUUUCUUUCUUUCUGAUCAGAAUGCUUUACAAACUGACUUGAAUUAAUGUUUGGAGUAAUGGAUUACCGUUCCGUUGCUUGACAACGUAUAAAACGGGCUCUGGAUGCGAGAAUAACUGAUUACAUUCUGUCUUUUCCUCAGGGUCAAUUAUCGUUACAAAAACUCUGGUUCCACAUUCAGCCAUGCUUAAGACGUAUGGAGGUUCUCUCGUCUGUUGCAGAGGCGAUCGAAACGGUAAGAACAAAGUUGGGGUUGCUAACUCAACUAGGAUGGGAUUAGGCUAUAGUAAUCUCGAGUUUAUGGAUUCAAGUCCCGUAUCUAGGACUUGGUAGUUUCCCCAAACUUUACCAUCGUGUAGAAGAAAAAACAAGUUCUACGUUACAGAGGGUUUUCUAGAUGGAAUUUUCGAGUGUAAAUUUGAUACAUGUAUUAGAUCUAACCAGGAGCACUUGCGAAAACUGUGGCCCUGCAAUUCCAGUGCAGCGCUCUAACCAACUGAGUCCAGUUGUCGAGCUCUAACCGCACGUUCCUGGAUAUACUAAGGUGAUGCUAUUUUAUUAUAUAGUAGAGAGUGAGAUACUGAAAAAUACACAGUGAGAUAUUUUCUAUAUCUUCACUAGUGAAGAUAUCGAUCCCGUGACUUUUUCCAAUAUUGCUUUUGAGCGUGAAAUUUCACAAUUUCUUGCUUGAGACUAUAUAAUAAACAGAACAUUACACGGUGGCUUGAAGAUAUGACUUUUAUCUUCUCGUGUUAAAAACAAUAUUUUACUCACUCGCUGCGCUCGUUCGUAAAAUAUUGUUUUCACAUGCACUCGAAGAUACUGUAAAAGCCAUCUCUUCGCGCCGCCGUGUAAUAUCCUCUAUGUACAGUAUGGUGUAGGGGUACUUGAAAUUUCCAUCUUCAAACUUCCAGCUACAAAACCCUUCUGCAAUUAGUUUAUCGAGUGAGGUGCCAAAAAAAACCCUGAUAAGUUCUGCUUUGCCUUGUAUAGGCGCAAUGUAAAGGAGGCGCGGUGCUUACACUGUUACAUGAACGGACCACCAACCUUACUGGGUAAGGUAGUUAUUUAUGUUAUUACAAAGGUUACCGCUUGUCCUGUUCUGUUAUUCCAAGCUAUAACGUAAUGGCUCUCCCCUUGGUUUUGUAUUGUAUAGUGACUCCACCUCUCAAGAUCUCUGUCUUUAUCUUACACAAGCGGUGAGUGUUCUGUGAUUUUGUUUACAAACCCUAGAAUAGUCUUUAGGAGAUUGUGAAGUCUCUACCUACACUGGCACUGACCUGUGUAUGUUUAGGAUGUGUGUGCUCUACCUAACACCGUAGGCUCUCGCCGGGUAUUAUCCGUUUUCCUCCUGUCCUUAAUGGACCAGUUAUUGGAGGUUUUUAUUUUUUAGGCGUGUGUGCCAUAUUUUGAUAUAUUAGAGCAAUGGAUCUAUAAAGGAAUUGUUAGUGAUCCUUAUCUUGAGGUAAAUGUAUUGAAACUUUUCUUCUAUUGAAUUCUUCUGCAUAUUGUUGCUUGCAAGUGUGCGUUUUAAGUGAUUGCAAAAAAUAAGUGUGAAAUCUAUAAAAAUAUGUUUUUUAACAGUUUUUUGUUGCUGAACAAGAAGCAUUUCAAAAGGAAAAGUUGACAGAAGAAUAUAAUGAUGCAUAUCCUUUUAAUAAGUAAACGAUUUUAAUCGUAGCCGUUCUAGAAUAGCGAGAUAUUGGCCCUGCAACUUCGAUGAUGUCAAAUGUUAGUGCUUCUUUUAUGAGUUUCAGGUGGCUGUAUAUAUCAAGUCCUCAAUGUGUAGGAAACUUUCGAUCGCAUUUUGACCACGGUUUUGUAGGUAUUGUUGUCGUGUGAAAUAGUCUCUUCCUCCCUUCUUGGUGUUUUUGAUAUCUGUAUCUUUCCCGUUGCUCAAAUGAUUUACAGCCGAGAAUGCAGAGACUUAAUAUAAGGAUUGAGCCGAGAUCUGUGCAUACUUACUGUACAUAAUGUAAAAUGGUUUAUUUAUUUUUCUUAACAAUACUUUACUUAUUGGCGACAACGUUAUACGAUUGUCCAACAUAAAAUUCCUGUCUUCUUGGAAACGGUACGUUUCCUAAUCCGAUUCCAGAUUCAAAACAACCAUCAAGAAAUUUGUUUUUGAUAGUAACUGUUAUACUGAGGAGUUGUGAUAUAAAUAAUUUCGUAUCUUCAGGUGGCACAAAAGAUUCUUAGCACCGGAAAGUAUCUCAAUGUUAUUCGUCAGUGUGGUAGGUGACUGAUUUUUGCUUAAAAAAAACUCCCCGCCCACCCCCACUCAGCACCAAGGAGUCUAUUUUGAGAGAGGGGGAAACUUAAUCAUUUGUGAGCCAUAAAUCAGGGGGUCCGAGGCCAUGCUGCGCAACUGCGAGCAGGCUAGGGCCAUGCUCCCCCGGAAAAUUUGAAGUUUGGGUCUCUGAAACGGCAUUUCCUGCACUGUGGAGGCACUGGGAAAAAUGUAUAGGUCUUACAGUAAAUAAUUAACCUUUACCAAUGUCAAAUGUUGAUUUCAGAAUACUUGACAAUUUAGGUCGGAGACGUAGUUACAUCUGCUUCGUCCCCAGUCGCUUUCAAAGGGGGGAGAGGAAAACGAGAAAACAUUUUUUUGUUGGCUAUAUAGAUUGCAAUUGCACUGCACUAGUACUGUUUCCAACGGAGGGCCUACGGAGGAGGCAGUAGUUACAUAGAACUUGGCAGCGCCAUUGCGCCCAGUAGAUUUUAAAAACCUUUGAGUGAUUUAAGUGAUGGCUGAUUUACUUUGUAAGUUUGUAACUAAGCUUUGGACGAAUUAUUUAACAUUCGUUUUUAUGGUAUCUACUAUGUGUGAUUUCACAGGGCGUGAUGUUCAAUGUCCCAAUGCUGAGGAAAUCAUUUACACACUUCGCGAAAGAGAGUAAGUUGGCUUGAACAAGAAUGGGAACAAUUCUAUAAAUUUCCCUGUGAAGUGGUUGCUUUCGAUCAUUCAAUUCGCGUUAAAAGAGUAACUCUGACUUGUUUUUCAGAUACGUGGAUAAAAUAGAGACGGCGUACAAUUACGCGAGUCAAACAUUGCUCGACUUGCUGAUGGAGGAGAAAGAUUUAAUGGGUAGACUUAGGUAAGGCAACUUAGAUAAAGACAUAUCCAUACACAAGAAUAUCAGACAUAUUCGUACACACGAAAUGUAUAAUGCAGGAUUGUACGAUCAAUGCUGGCUUACAGUGAAGGGUGGAUAUCCCAAUAAUUAGCGAUACUGUUUUUGAAAGCUUCGGAUACGUACAAUAUCCAGGUCUAUGAAUACUACAUUUUGUAAAUUGUACAGGUCUAUCAAGUUGUAUUUCCUCAUGGGUCAGGGAGAUUUCUUUGUUCAGUUUAUGGAUCUUGCUGAGAAUGAGUUGAAGAAAAAUAUGGAUGGUAAAGAUAUGAAUUCAUAAAAACUGUAGAGAGUCCGUAACUCAACCAGUCCAAUCCAGAUUAACCUAUAAUAUAGGGAGUCGAUUAGGUACUGGGAAUACCAAUUACGUUACAUAAGAAAAGUACUUCUGCUUACAUGGAUUAUCUGCCCAUAGGGCAUAGCUUACAUUCAAGAAUCAAUGCGUACUAUUUAAAACACGAGUAGGAGUGUUUUAUCAGACGCCGAGCGUUUUAUGUCUGAUAAAACACGACAACGUUUUGAAUAGCUUAAAAUACGACUACAAAAGAAUACUAAUUAGGAUGAACCAUUAUAUAAGCAUACUAAUUAGGAUGAACAAUUAUAUAAUGCCACAUGCUUUAUCAGAGAUAAAGUCACUCCACGUGACAUAUUAUGGCUGACACGAUUUGCCACAAUGUUUAUGAAUUACUGAUGAGUAUUUUAAGUACUAUAUACUACUCCUGUUCAACUUGCAUUUUCUGUUUAACUUUCAUUUUCUGUUUAACAGAUAUAUUUCCAAGUCGUCUUGAAACAUUGCUAGAACUUUCACUCAGGACAACCGCCGCUAAUGCUGACCCCUUCAAGGAUGACUUGAGGUGUGUUGGCCACUGAUUAUACAAUAUAUAUUAUAUAUAUAUUACACAAUGAACGUAGUAGAUUCAGUGUGUGUGUGUGUGCUCUUCCAAAUAAUUCAAUCCUCCGAAGGCUUUUAUUUUUGGCACAGGUCAGUGGCGUAUAUAGAUCAGUGCUUUGGAAAACAGACUUUUGUGAUGUGUGAUGGGCGCGCCUGUAAUCAUCUCAUCGAUGCCCCAACCCUAACCCCCAUGAAUUCACAUAAAGCGGGUGGGGACAAGGCAGCCACCUCUCUAUGUAAAUGCUUACCAUCACAACUUUGUAUUCUGAUAUUUAUUACUUUGUAUUGAAUUCUAGAGUUGACCUUCUUCCCUAUGAUCUCAUCACUCAACUAUUCCGCAUUUUGUCCGUCGCCAACGACAGAGGUAUGAACAGCGUGUUUUGGAACUGUUGCCUAUUGUUGGCCCAUUUUAAUCUCUUCCGCAGGCAUCUCUAUGGGUUUUAGCCUGCGAAUUGGUAUUGAGAAAAAAAUUCUGCAUCACCCGAUUCCCAGGGUGAGAUGCCUGCGGAGGAGGCCAGGCCCAUUUGGGACUGUAACAAAAUAUGUAACGUCAGCAUUUUUUAGUUGAUUUUGUUCUUUUUUAGCCGUUCAAACAUCGCUUGGACAAGACACAACAGAAAUUCAAAUUUCAGGUCUGUAUAAAAUAUAUAUUGAAUACUGCCAAAUAAUUUAUCGAAGAUCUUCGCUAGAUUUGCUUAACUAUUUCCCCCCUUAGGCUUGGAGGCAUUUUCAUUUGAUUAUGUGGUCAAGUGGCCAGUUUCUCUCAUAUUGAGUAGAAAGGUAAAUAUUUUAUUUCAUAAAAUGGGAAACAUUCAGUCGUAUAGUGCAAACAAGACAAAUUUGAACAGAAUCACAUCAAAAUCCUGGUCAGAACACAAAUCCUGAUCUUAUCGCUCGUUCGUCUUGUUAACACAUUCUUCCACUGACCUGACACUGGAUUGAGAGGAUACUAGAGCUGAGCUAAAUCACGAAAGAUACAGCUGAACCUGAUUAAGUAGAAGGCCGCCUUUGGCAGCCACCAUACAGUAUGACUGAUCACAGAGCACAGCCACGAGAUGGAAGGGCUAGUUUGGAGAUUAGCUCAACCCUGUCUCAUCAUUCCCUGUGAAAACUGGAGAGUUCAAUAAGGAUGUCAAUGAACUAACUUUAUUUUUGUAGGCUUUAACGAAGUAUCAACUGUUGUUCCGACAUUUAUUCUACGCCAAACACGUCGAGAGACAGCUAUGCAGGUGAGAAUGUAGAAAUAAAGAUGCUGAUAAGCCAGAGCUCAAAAUAGCGGCCUGCCAAUGGCCAAAGGCAGGCCAUAUUUCAGAAAUUUGAUCUGCCAAGUCGAAAAUAAAAUGGCAGGUGAAAUUCUACAAAAACAAAAUGGCGUCCAGUGGUUGAGGACACGUGUAAUCGAUUUGCAGUUUGCCAUAACGUCAUACCGGAGUGCGACCAUUUCGGCUGUUCAAAUAUAGAAAUGGCAGACCACCUCAGAGAGACAAAACGUAACAAAGCAACGGUUUUUUUAACUAUUAAAACACUAACCCUAUUCCAAACACCAACUCUAACACUAACCUAACCCUACUCCAAGUUUGUUUCUAAACCAAUCUUGAAGAAAAAAGUUUUGACGAAAUGUCAAUCUGAGAUCAGCGAAAUAACUUCCUCCGAUAUUUAUUUUUCCUAUUUCGAGCCCUGUAAGCUAUGGAUUUGAAGUGGAUAGAUGAAAAUUUCCUGUUGUCUAUAACGGUCAUAACAUGGUAAGAACAACCGAUAUAGCGCUGGAACGUUUAGUAGGACAAUGAAUCCGAAAAUACGUUUCUCUUAAAUUGCUUUCCCGAUCUCCUUGAUUGCUGCACGCUUAAACUAAAUCUCUUUCUAGGAUUUGGUUGAAUGACAAGACAACGAAACAACACAGAUUUCGCGCCACAAGAUGGUGAGUUGAAUGGCUUACAACAAGAGCCUGGAAACGAGUUUGGAACAACAAAUCAAAUAAUCUUAAACUCGCUUUGAAACUAGUGACCAGUGUGCCCUUCUCUGACUUUCGUUUGUUGAAUAGUUCUCUUAUUGUGUAGGUAUGUUGAGUGCUCAGCCUUGAGAACAAAAAUGCUACAGUUUGUCCAAAACUACGAGUAUUACAUGAUGUCUGAAGUCAUUGAACCGUACUGGCAUCUCUUGGAAAAUAAUUUAAAAAAUGUAAGUUUAAUGAUUGUAACCGUUAGUGAAAUUGAAUUAGUUUCGCUUCCCGCUUUCAUGAGCAAAUUAGUUAAUUUUAUUAGCUUCACCAAAUAGUCAUAACAGUUAUUACAAAGUAAUAAUUUAACGAAUUAACUAAAUAGACUAUAUGGCAGGGUAUUCGCAACAGCGAUUGGCCAAUUACUACGAACCCAAGAACAAUACGUUAACAUCAAAUAGCAAAAAACUAACCACUAACUUCAUGCAUUUAUACAUCGUUACCCAUCAAGUGAGUGAAAUAACUCCAUAUAUAUAUAUAUAUAUAUAUAUAUAUAUUUAAAGAUACUGAUACUGUGUCACCAAUGCCCCUCAACCAGGGUUGGUAAGUUAGAUGAAUAAUUAGGCCAAAUCGUCAUUAGUGCCGUUUAGAAAACAAAGAAAACAAAAGGCCAAGACAAAGAAAACAAAGGCCUAGUGUGACGAUGUUUGGCCUAAUUAUUCAGCAAACUUACCAACCUUGCCCUCGACCAUCCAGGACACUGUACCUUACUAAGAUUUGGUCGUAAUCCUCAGGUCAACAAUGUUGAUGACGUUCUUACAUAUCACAAUGACUUCUUGGAUAAAUGUUUAAAAGACUGUAUGCUAACAGCUCCUGAGUUACUCAAGGUAAAAGUUUUCUUCCUUCAGUUUUGAAAUAUUUCAAUGUGUGUGUGUGUGUUUGUCAGUCACCCCUAUAACUCAAAAACUAUCCAACGUAUCAAUACGACAAUUUGUCGGACUAAUUAACAUUGCCCAAGGACAAAUUGAUUAAAUUUUGGUGAAAUUUGGAUGGAAAUUGGUGAGAAGUGAGUCUCGCUUUGCCAGGCAAAACUGAAUACGUAAUUAGCCCAUUGUAUAAUUUCUGCAUCACCAUGUUACAUAACUUAAUAUCUCUCCUCCUUAUUAAUUGUUUUUCGGACAUCUUCGGACAGUUAUCGGAGUUAAUCGGGAUAGAAUGCUGGACAAAAAUAAUGCGGGCGAGCACCUAUCCCGAUUAACUCCGAGAACUGUCCAAAGAGCAAUUAAUAACAUCUGCGGAGGAGAGAGUAUCUUAAUUUCGCUGGUGAGCUAUGCAGUAUUGAGUGCUUUCUAGUUUGGUUAUUCGUUAGUCUGCCUUAUGACAUGCCACGCAACAUAAAUAAUUCCAUGACAAGCUGCAUAAAGAACCUGGAAUACACCCUUUCGAUAAUUACGUCACACAUACUUUUUGAUCUUGGCGCCUAUACGUAAUUAUCCAAAGGGUGUAUUGGUAAACAAUAUUCGAAAGUAGUUCUGCAUGGUUUGGGACAACCUCGUACUCAGGCUCUUUCCACUACGCUCCUCCUCAGCGAUGAGCGUAGUGGAAAGAGUCUGGAUACGAGGUUGGGUUUGAGACUUAAAAGACUUAAUACAAAUAAAAUAAAAUAACACAUGCGAGGUUUUUUGUCUGGAUAUAUAUUGUAGUUAAAAUAGUUGUGAUACAGUCGUAGUCCAAAUAUAUUUACACAUUACGUUAUUUACUCCUGAAGUUAUUAAAGUAUUUAAAGAAACUGUAUUAAAACCAUCAUUGACCCCCUUCCUGGCGCGUUUACCCCUAGCUAUUGGGGACGGUCAGGGUACGAGUGUUAUUUGAGGGGAGGGGCGCGGGCAUAAUUGGGGGGAGGGGCUUGAUGGAGGAAUUACGGACCGAUAUCCACAAAGUUAGAGCAUUGAGACGCUGCCAGAAGCAUAGACUGUUUCUGGGAUUUCUCCUUCGGUUGUGUCGAUACUCGUAUCUUGUGGCUGACUGUCAGCGCUGUCGUCCGGCUUCUCUGGUGACUGUUGGUCUGGCUCUAUCUGGAUCGCUACUGAACCAGAAGAAGCACUUUCAUCAAUGCUUUCAAAUGUUACAUGGAGGUCGCGUCGUCCUUUGCGGGUCUUCUUUCCAAAGAUGCAAAGCCUGUGGUUUUGAAAUAAACAGGGUAGGCUUUAGUGAAGGUUGUGUAAUGGAAAUGGGGGGAAACGGAAACAAAUUGGCGAUUAAUGAAUAAAUUGUAACCAUGUGAGGAUGGAUGGAUGGAUGCAACAAAGAAUAUCUCACCUAACAACAGCAUAAAAAAUAGCUCGUAAAAUUACUGAGGCGAUAGCGCCAACAACGACACCAGCUACAAAGGAUAGUUUCUCAAAAUCUUUGAAGAAUGUUUUGAAGAAAGUCUUGACUCUGAACCAUUGAUCUGAAAUGAAAUCUAAAAGAAAUAAAUUUCAAAAAUUAAAACAUUAAUAAUUGGCAUAACGACAUUUGAAUUGACGUAACUAAUCUAAUUAACCUAAUUCUAAUUAUCGAUUAAUUAACUUUCUGAUGAUGCAAACAAAUUUUUGGACACUUUUAAAAGGAGAUACGAGUUUAGAUUUAGUUCUACAUCUUUCGCAUUGAUAAAGCCAUUGGAAAUUACGAAUUGAAUGCUCAGCUUAGACAAAUUCAACGUGGUGUUUCCACAAAACGUAACAGAAUUUCUUGUCUAGUUGCUUACCGGCAAGGCACUGGUACCAGCGACAAUCUUGCACUGUGUUGUUCAAGAUUUUGUCAUUUUCCAAGGUCAAAGCUGUUGAAAAAAAAUAUAGUUAUUUUCAGCACUCAUGUCUUACUCGAUUUUCUGAGUUGUAAAAUUUCUGAUUUAAUUUUGUGAACAUUGUGCAUACGCAAUCAAUUAAUUAGCAGUUAAUUAUUUGCGUCUUCAUUUAUGCACGCAUCUGAAAUCUUACCUCGGAAUUGGCAAUUUUUUCCAGCGUAGCCCUGGCUACAGAUGCAUAACACACCCUCAGGCGUGGCAACAGGCAAUGCGUUCUCUGGGCAAACUUUCUCUGCGAUACAUGUAUCAAUAUUCACCAAAAAGGCGAUUAGAACAACGAGUAAAAACUCGCGGGACUUCAUUGUUCUAAGAAACAAUUAAGUCUGAUUUAAUUAGUGACGACGUCGUAAUUAAGUAUCUCUCGCCCCGGUCCACCUUGAAGAGAUAACGUCAUUUUCUCACUGACUUGGGAUGCUUUGCGCGAAUUGAGAAAAAUUGUUGCGAAAACACUUAAAAAUUCCUGGAAUGUUUGGGCAAACAAAGUUAGCUUUAACCUCCUAAAUACUGGUUAAAAUAUGAUCCUUUUUCAAAUAGCAAAACACCCUUUUCAAAUAGCAAAACUUCUUUUACAAAUAGCAAAACUCCUUUCUUAAAUAGCAAAACACCCUUUUCAAAUAGCAAAACUCCGUUUUCAAAUAGCAAAACACCCUUUUCAAAUAGCAAAACUCCCUUUUCAAAUAGCAAAACUCCCUUUUCAAAUAGCAAAACACCCUUUUCAAAUAGCAAAACUCCGUUUUCAAAUAGCAAAACUCCCUUUUCAAAUAGGAAAACUCCGUUUUCAAAUGGCAAAACUCCGUUUUCAAAUAGCAAAGUGACCGGUCAACAUGACCGGCAAAGUAAGAAUUUGACAGGACAACUUCGCAUUCUGUCCGGACAUUAUCCGUUGACCGGCCAUUUUUUCGCGCAUUGAGCCUAGGUUUAAGCUAAUCCAGUUUUGAACAACUGACCCCUGAUUUUACUGGUUUGGAUAUAUACCGAGGAUACAGCGUUUCUACAACAAUGUGUCCUUAUUGGCCCAGACGUUUAUAAGACCGUUUAUAAUAUCUUCUAUUUUUGCAGAUUGUCAGUAAGCUAAUGAUGAUAUGUGUCACAUUUACAAACUGUAUUCAGGUAAAAAGACUGUUCUUUUUGUCUUCAUGUGAAAUGCAAGGCAAACUAUCCAGGCAAACUAUAAGCGGAAGUAUAAAAGAAAAAAUAUGGCUUGCCAAUCUAAAAAAUUUUGGCAGGUGAAAUAAAUUUUAGCCUGCCAUUUUGUAUUCAUUGAACUGUCAAAUUGGCGAUGUCUCAUAUGAGUCAUUGUAAAAAUCAAUGUUUUCAUGAUGUGCAUUUUUAUUAUUUUUAAACUUGUCUAUUUUACCACAGUAAACUUGGAUUUACAUUUCAAAUAUAAACAUAUUUAGUCAACUAAAUGAUCUAGUAUCUUGGGGUACUGAAAAAAGUAUCCCCCAAAAUGGCGAAUUUGGCCUUGGUGAGAAAGGCUAAUUCUGGAACCGAAGACUUUCCAAGGUGUUACCUAAUGCUUAUGUGUCUCAUCUCUUCCAUUUUCUUCUUGAAGUUCUUCUCUCCUUCCUCUUUAUCCUUCCCUAUCUCUGUAUCUCCCUCCCAGGUAAUGAAUUCAUUUCCCCAGGUUAUCUUUCAGUAGCUCCUUGUACGGGAUGCCCCCCCCCCUUACCCCACCACACUCCACCCCCUACUUUCCUUUACGAAGUUCGAAGUAGAAAUUAUACAUGAUGUGCUGAAAUAAAUUUUGAGAUUUUACUUGAAAAUUUGCCGCCAAAGUGAAUUAUUAUUUUUCUUCAGAGAAUCACUCAAACUGUAAUCAAUAGCGAGAACCCGACAGCUGAGAAAUCAGGAAAGAUUGAAAAGGAAGAUUUACUGUAUGAUAAACAGAAGAAGAAAGCUGCAGCGAAGGUAAAACAGUAAUACGGUUUAUGUAUGUUUCUUCCACUAAGGAUAUGAAGUAAUGACCCCUUUGCAUUGACAUAACUUAAUAAUUAUCAAAAGGGGGGAGGGCUACGGGAUUUUUGUAUACUCAUGAGCACGCCAUGCAUGUAUUUACCAAAAUCCUAUAAUAUGCUCAGGAGCAUGCUUAUGACCACACUGCACGAUUUUCGUGUGUCCGUGAUCGCGUUCAUGAGCAUACCGAAUUUGAUAACAUUUUCAGCAAACUCAGGGCGCUUUCCAUUUAAUGGCCUGGCCGGUCAGAUCCGAAUUCUUUUCUCUGUGGACCUCAUUCUGAUGUUAUCUAAAUUUUCUGAUCAGAUAGGUCGGAAGCUCAAAUGUUUUGUGUUCCAUUCAACAAUUUGACCGUUCUGACCGGUCUGGCCGUGUUAAUGGAAAGCGCCCUCAUUGUGCAUUUUGUGACGUAGAAACCUUGACACAUAUAUCAAACUGACUGAAAUGUCUCGAAAACGAGGCAACAGAACGGAAAAAUGCAAAAGAAGUAGCGCUAUUGUUUUCAUUGUUCUUUUAAAUAAGACAAUAAAAUUUCAGUUUCAUGUGCUUUUUAGUCCUUUUUUCUUGUCCUAAUUUUCCUUUAUUUUCAGAUUCUAUCCAAAGACAUGGACGAAGUGAUCAACAGUUCAGACUUUGAAAGAACCGUGCAGAAUUUUGACAACAAUUUUUCGAAAUACCUACUUGGCUUACUGGACAAACUCAGCAGUUUUUCAAAAACAGAUUUCCAACAUCAAAUGUUGAAUAUUGUGACGCGAUUGGAUCACAAUGGAUUUUACGGAAAACAGUUGGAGAAAAUGGCCGCCUCCUCUGCAGGUAGCUCAAUUAUAUAUACGAUGUGCGAUUAGCUGAACUAAGAAGUAAAUUGAACUGAACUCAACUCAACUGACUCAAUAGUUUGAUAACCUAACCUAACUUAAUGUAACACAACCUGAACUGAACUGACUCAAUAGCAAGGGUGGGUUGACUACAAAAUAUUUGUAGUUCGCUAUAUAACUAUAGCUACUUCAAAAAUAUGUAGUCAGCUACAACUACUGGUACUUUUGAACAAAGGUAGUUCGCUACUGACUACAGCUACUGCUUAAAGAAUGUAGCGAACUAUUUCGCUAUUUCGCUACACUAUAUUUUUUAGUUUUACUGUAUUUGUAGCAUCUACUAACUCAGGCUGUAAUGUAUAACCUAUAACAAAUCGACUUACGAGUAGCAACAGUAAACACAAAGCAACAUUUUUGUACUAGCACUACGUACACUCUUCGGGAGUGCAAAUAAUUGACUAUUGAGGAUUGAUUUUAAGCAAAUCGUGUCUCAAUAUCAUGCUAUUCUAUCAAGUUGCUAACAAUUUUAAAAAGUAGCGAAUAGCGAUUCGCUGUUUGAAAAGUAGUCAACUACUUGACUACUUUUAGGCAAAGUCUAGCUCGCUAUAACUACAGCUACUGUUUUCAAAAAGUAGUCAAAAACUACUGGCUACUUGAAAAUUUAUAGUCCACCCUUGCUCAAUAGUUUGAUCAUAUCAGUCCUGAACUACAGUAUUCUCUCUGGAGUUCAUUUUAAGGUCCAUAUGUAUGUUUCCUUCAUUGGUCCAGUAUUAGUACAGGAGGAAAUAUAUACUUAACUCUUUUUAUAUUUGCUGGAUAGCUUUUGUCAGUUCACCACAACCUCUACUAUUUAUUAAAAAUUAUUUCUGAUUGCAUGGCUAACGACCAACUGUGAAAUUGUCAUAUCACCUUAAUAGCUGACCAAAAAUGGAAUUUUGGCAUAUUUUUAAACGGAGUGAUGCUAUGACUUCAUGCCAACGUACGGUUGUAUAUAGGGUCACAACACAUGUGUCUCCUCCCUACAACCGGCCGCUGUUUCAUCAUUUAGAUAAAUAAUCAAACAAUUAUUGAAUUCGUGUUUUAGCAUGAUAUGAAAAAUCAUCAAGGCCUCAGUUUGUGUUACCAACUUCAGCCUUCGGCUUCGCUUGAUAACACAAAGUUGAUCAUUCUUCCUAUCAUGAUACAAUCGAAUUCAAUAAUUGUUAAAUAUUACAUUUUAUUUUCAUUCAGAAACGAUGAGUGUGGCAAGCUCAGAUUCCAACUCAAGCGCAGGUCAAUCUCCAAGUUCAACUCUGAGUGAUAUCAGUCUGAACUUCAACUAUGAUAAACCCAGUCUAAUGCCAGGAAGAAUGUUUGCAGAUAGUUCAAGCAGGACCAAACUAACCCUACCACCAUCGCCAUCUAGACGGAAUAAGGGAAGCACCAGCGGAGAUGAUGAUCAUUAUAACUUGUUUUGA